GUAAGAAAAUCAAGCAAGUCUGCCGCCCUACCUUCGCUUCAGACCUGCAGUUUUUUUCUUGUGCAAUGGACGGCCGCCUAGACGCUGACUUGUACCCUCUGGGAUCCGGCUACGUCCCUGAAAUUGACAGUGUCCAUGACAUAUCAGUUGGCACAAAGAGGGGAUCCGACGAACUGUUCUCUUCCUGCAUAUCCAACGGACCCUAUAUCAUGAACUCAGCCAAUGGCAACGACAGCAAAAAAUUCAAAGGUGACGUCCGCAGUCCUGGUGUUCCGUCACGUGUGGUCCAUGUACGCAAGCUGCCCAAUGACAUAAAUGAGGCUGAAGUUAUAGGCCUGGGACUGCCCUUUGGGAAGGUCACUAAUCUGCUGAUGCUCAAAGGGAAAAACCAGGCAUUCUUAGAACUGAACAGCGAGGAGUGUGCACAGACGAUGGUGAGCUACUACUCCUCUGUCACCCCCGUCAUCAGAAACCACCCCAUUUACAUGCAAUACUCAACCCAUAAGGAGCUCAAGACGGACAAUUCCCCAAACCAAGUGCGUGCCCAGGCAGCUUUGCAGGCAGUCAAUGCACUGCAUGGAGGUGGGAUGGGAAGCGUGGCCAUUCCAACAGAUGCUGGUGGCAUGGGAGGAGCAGCGACCCAAAGCCCUGUACUCAGAGUCAUAGUGGAAAACCUCUUCUACCCUGUCACCCUGGAUGUACUACACCAGAUUUUCUCUAAGUUUGGUACCGUGCUGAAGAUCAUCACUUUCACUAAGAACAACCAGUUCCAGGCUCUGAUCCAGUACGCUGAUGGCAUGACAGCUCAGCAUGCCAAACUGUCUCUGGAUGGCCAAAACAUCUACAAUGCUUGCUGUACCCUGAGAAUCAGCUUCUCCAAGCUUACCAGCCUCAAUGUCAAGUAUAACAAUGACAAAAGCAGGGACUACACCCGACCAGACCUUCCCACUGCAGAUUCACAGCCCUCUCUUGACCACCAGACCAUGGCAGCUGCUGCAUUCGCUGCACCGGGCAUAAUCUCAGCCUCCCCCUAUGGUGGAGCUCAUGCCUUCCCCCCAACCUUUGCCAUCCAGCAGGCAGCAGGUCUGUCAAUGCCUGGUAUUCCCAGUGCCCUGGCGUCCCUGGGUGUGGGCCAUAGUGGCAUGGCGGCUGCAGCAGCGGCUGCUAGCCGGCUUGGCCUGUCAGGGCUCACUGCCACUGGGGGCCACAACGUCUUGUUGGUCAGCAAUCUGAACCCUGAGAGCGUUACGCCACACUGCCUCUUUAUUCUUUUCGGUGUGUAUGGCGAUGUGAUGAGAGUGAAGAUCCUGUUCAAUAAAAAGGAGAACGCUCUAAUCCAGAUGUCUGAUGGCACACAGGCUCAGCUAGCUAUGAGCCACCUAAAUGGCCAGCGUCUUCAUGGCAGAGCUAUGCGUGUGACAUUGUCGAAACACACGACAGUUCAGCUGCCCAGAGAAGGCCACGAGGACCAGGGCCUCACAAAGGACUACAGCAACUCGCCACUGCAUCGUUUCAAGAAGCCUGGCUCCAAAAAUUACUCCAACAUCUUCCCACCCUCUGCAACACUCCACCUCUCCAAUAUACCGCCUUCUGUGGUGGAGGAUGAUCUCAGGAGGCUGUUUGCCAGCUCAGGAGCCACAGUCAAGGCCUUUAAGUUCUUUCAAAAGGACCGCAAGAUGGCCCUGAUCCAGAUGGGCUCAGUUGAGGAGGCAAUUGAGUCCCUCAUUGAGUUCCACAACCACGACCUUGGAGAGAACCACCACCUUCGAGUGUCCUUCUCCAAGUCCACCAUCUGAGUGCCUUUCCUUCGACCGUUCAAGUCUUUUGCCAUCUGAAUGCAGCUAUUCUCAAGGUUGCCUUCAGUGGAAAUGGCCACCAUUACAUACUUAUGGCUGUGUUUCUUUGAAGAAUGUUGCUCCUUUAAUCCAUUUUACAAGUCAUUCCCCACCAGUAAUAGGUUUGGGUAUUAGAAAUAAUUUGUACUGUUUAUUGACACUGGUUCUGAUUACCUCUUCAAAGCCAGAAGGCAUCAAAAUAUGUUGAAAGACAUAAAAAGCUCUAUUUCCUUUUGGUAUAUGUUGUCGUAACCUAGAUAUUUUAAAUUAAAAUAUGGAAGAACUAUUUACCAUUCACAAAUUGACUGUUGCACCUUUGUUUAUAGUUGAGCUAGACAUGCUGACACUAGCUGAUUCUCCAGCAUUGUGACACGAGUACAUAACCCUGCAUUCGUGUGCUAUGCCACAGUAAGUUGGACAGACUUUGCUCAGUGCAGGGAGUAGUUUUUGUUUAACUCACAACUGUUUUUUGUGAUGUUUGGCUGCAUUUCCAAGUGCUAGGUCCUACUCAUAAGAAUGUAAACACUGUUCACAUGCAUUAAUGCAAGUGUAACAGUUGAUGGAAACAAACUUGCUCAGGAAUCAGCAAGUGGAAUCAAAGCAUGUUUCUUAUCAGAUCCAGUUCGAAGCAGGCUGCUGUUAACCAAACUUAAUCCUUGUUUUCAUCAAGUCUUAUGUGGGGUUCUGCUAAAUGGGCAACAUUCUGCAAUGAAACAUAUAUCUAUUGGAGGUAAAGUAGAGGCAGCUGAUGAACUGUCCCUUUAGACCAAAUCACUUUAAAAAGAAAAAAAAAAAGACACCCUCCACCACAGAUGUAUGCUUAUGUGGAUGAAUCGUAUCCGCACCAGACACACUUCAGCAUUCCUUUUACUAUGGUAGUCGUGUGGAAAUGCCCAUUUGUGUGUGCCUUUUUGAAAUGCCACUUCAGUUUGGCCAGUCAGUAACGGUUUGAGACAAAGAUUUAGUGUUGGCUCACAGGCUAUUCAACUUAUUUCCCAGCAUCCAUUUUUUUAAUUUUAGCUCAUAGCUACCCACCUUUUUUUCCUCUGGGGAUCCAUACCACUAUCAGAAGUCAUUCAAUAUGGACGCUUUUUUUUUUUUGCUGUCUUUAUCUACAGUUUCGUGCCUUGCUUUGCCCAAGCUAGAUCGCUCUGGCUUCAUUUGAUAAUGACAUGGCUGUCAAAAUGCCUUUUUUUUUUUUUUUUUGUCCAUGCCUUCUAGCAUGUACCAGCAUGCUAAGAUGGGGAAAAGUGGCUCAUUUAAUCUUCUGUUUCUUUAAAAACACAAAUGUUUAUCUUUGUAUGCAUAUAGCCCCAUUAUAUGUAUCUAGAAACUAUGAAUGUAAGUCAAUUAGAUGCUUAAUAUCCUUGCUAGGUGAUGUAGCUCAGUUAGGUGUAUCGUGGCAGGUGUAGAGCUGUGUUCAGCCUUCCUGUCUUACAGUCCUCUUUUACUUCCAAUUGGUCCUCUCAGGAUAAUGGGAGUUGGGGCCUCAUUUAACCUUAUUACGUUUAUCUAUAUGUGGACACCUAUAUAUUCAUUUAUCUUUUCUUUUUAAUGUUAGCAUUUACACAUGUAUCACUUCUAAGCUUAACUGAUACGUAUUUGUAGUGGCUGGGUUUGAUCACUAUCGCAGUGCCUUGACUCCUUAAGUUUUUAUUCAGAGGCUGAAACAGGCCUGGUCAGUUGACUUUGUUUACCUCUCAUUCAGGUGUUUUAUCUUACCUGUCUGCAAAGAUGCCUUUAUCCAUUAUUUUCAGGUUGUUCUACCUGUGAGAGGGCAGCUUGGAGGCAUUUGUCAAUUGAUGACAAUGACAGUCUUGGACUGUGUUUAAAAACCCAGUAUAUAUUUUUUUUUGGUCUUAAAAUUCAGGAUACCAGAAUUACAUGGUGGGAUAGCCCUCACCCGUUCCCUGUUUGUGUGCACUUCUGCCGCAGUCAGGUUAUGUUAGUGCACUUUUCCUCAAUGAUAGGUCCAAGUUGGCACCAUCACGCUGAAGUCUUAUUCGUCGUCACAUUCCUGCGUGCCUCAAGCACCAGUUUCCACAGCCUCGACCACUGUAGUCUUGGACAUGAUACAGAUGCGCUCUGUCUUCUAUUUUUGUAAAAGAUUCUUAUGCAUGAUUUAACGAAGCUUCAUGUAGCUCCAGACGGUUAUUGCUGUUAAGGACCAAAGUAUGUUCUAUCCCUGCUGUUUUGUAGUGUUGUGAUUUCUUAAAGUUUUUUUUCCACGUUCCUGCUAUUCUACAAGUCCACAAGGCUUCAGUUCCUUUUUCUGUUCCUCAGAUGCCUUGGACAACAGUCACAUUAAGUUAAAAUGUCUUUUGGGUGACAACAUAUACUGUAUAUUGUACCCCUUUUUGUUUGAUUGACUUUACAAAGAGCCUACUUUGGUAGAGAUUGCUUUAGAAUGGAUACUUAAUUGAACCACAGUCCUAGCUGUGAUGUUGACAGUGUAGAAGAUUAUAUGCCUUUCAAUUUUGUUCAAAGCUUUUAUUUUUCUCUCCUUUUUAUAUGGGGGCGGGGUGGGGUUAUUGUAUGAAGCGGGGUUGAUGGUUGUAUAUAUUCAUGUUUUUGUACCACAAAAUCAUUUGGAUUAUAUCCACUUUACGUUCAAAACAUGUAUAUUUUGAUAAAACGAUACAGACCUAUUAAGCUCUCCUGAGCUGUAAAACAGAAAAAAACUUUUGUAACACAAAGACAUUAAACCUAUCUGAACACAGAAGUGUCUCUGUAUGUGCCCCACUCCCCCCGCCCCCCUUUUGCCAUUCUGAUCUUGUCUCUUGCAUCUUCUGCUGCCUUCAAUAAAUCUUUAGUUUGUUCCUUCUUUCA